GAGACAGGAACACAAAUGCUCCGGAACUCGCGCGCGCUGAUACAUGUUCCCGGGAGGACGAAAUAACCUGACGCACAAUGAUAUGGCGGUCGGUGGCCCGUUUCUCCCGGCUAUGCACCAGGCCCAGGGCACCGAUAUGCUGUGGUCACCGGAUCCCGACCCUUGUUCCCCCGGCGAUAUGCCAAGCCCCCGGCCACCUGAGUGUGACCCGGGGCUUCAGCAGCCAGAAAACGGACUCCGACAAAAUGGUGGUCGUCGGGGUGCCUAAUCCCAUUGUGUGGUUCCGCACCCGGAUCUAUUUCUUCCUCAUUCAGACGUUCUUCGAUAAGGACUUCAGCAUAGAUGAGUUCACAGUGGGGGCCAGGCAGGCAUUCUCCUUCGUCUCCGGGAUGCUGUCCCAGUGCAAGUUUGACUCCCUGGAGAACCUGGUGGCAGGGGAUAUCCUGAAGGACCUGCAGGAGAAGUGCUCAAUACUGUCAGACAAUUACAGACAUGCCCUGGAAGCGCAGGCCAGUGACAUCAUGUACUCUUUCCCCGGAGACGUAGCCGUUUACUAUGACAAUAGUGGCAGGAAAUUCGUCUCCAUCCUCAUGCGCUUCUGGUACAUGACCUGCGCAAAGGUCCCUGACGAGGAGCUGGAUGGUACCAAAGUAUUCCAGGUGGUUCUAGGAAACCAAGAGGCCAAGGACACGAAGCGCAUCCUCACCGCCAACUACGAGUUCCGCAGAGAGUUCACGCAGGGCGUGGAGCCGGACUGGAUCAUCACGCGCAUUGAAUACUCUAAAUUGUUGGACUAAUAUUGAAUUCUCUUUCUUUUCUGUUCAUCCUUGCCUAAUUUUUUUGGAACUGAUUCUUAUAAAGUAUUUAGAAAAAAAAAUGUAAUAAAUACCUAUACUUACUA